CUAACCUGUUGAUUCUUGCCGCCAGUAGCUGGAACAUGACAACGUGAUAGCUCAUUGAUACGAUAAAUCCUGCACUAAAAAAUUGGAUAGCACAUGAUACAUGAAGGAAACAGAUUCCAUGUGCUGGGAAAUUCAAAUGGCAGAACUCUAUUUGUCCACCAUCAACAAGAUGCUGUCACAUACGCUUCUUCAGUAUAAAUAGGCCUCCCCUGAAGGCCAGACAUUUUCAACCCAACAUCUGCUGCUAUAGCUUCUAAUCUCCUAAACUACAACACAACUACAGCCUCCAUCAGAAGUCAUGGCUUACCACCAUAGAUCAAUCAGUCUUCCUUCUAGGCCUGCCUCCAAAGUUGAGGAGCAGCUGCAAAUCCUAGAGGCAUGCACCUCCUCAUCCUCGACAACCAUCGAGACAACCUGCGACGGUCUGAGGAAGCUUGGAGACAUCUACAGUUCCAUUGAGGAGGUUAUGUGCCUCCCUAGCAACCAAGUUUGCUCCUCCCAGCAAAGGAAAUUCCUGGAUGGAGAGAUGGAAUGCUCUCUUCAGCUACUGGAUCUCUGCAAUGCCAUGCAAGAGAACUUUGCCGAGUUGAAGGCCAUCGUCCAAGAUCUGCAAGUGUCUCUCAGAAAAGGAGAUGAUGCAGCGGUUCAAGCCAAGAUCCAGUCUUACUUCCGCUUGAUUAAGAAGGCAAAGAAACAUUUCAAGAAGGCUGCAAAGAAGGUUUCCUCUGACAAGGAGGACUGCGGGAUCCUGAGGCUGUUGAGCGAGGCUAGAGAGAUUACUACCUCUCUUCUGGAGUCAACAGUGCAGCUCCUGGCCAAGCAAAUCGCAAUGCCCAGAUCAUCUAUUGUCUUGAAGGCAUUCCAGAAGAGAACUUCAGUUGUUUGCAAGGAGGAGCAGUUGCAGGUGUUAGAGUGCAACAUCAAGGAUCUUGAGGAUGGAGCAGGACUUCUGUUCAGGAGAUUAAUCCAGAGCAGGGUUACACUACUGAACACUCUCAGUUCAUAGAUAGUCCUCAAGAUGUGUUGUUUUUGACACCUGUGAUUGGCAUCUACCUUUUAAAGGAUCCAUCAGUCUCAGCCUAUGUACUUCAACAUUUGUAUAGAACAAAUGUAUAUAAAAGCUCAAUGAAAAAUCAAAAUUUUGGUUCA